AUGGAAGACGAGCCUGCGCCCUACAGCCCGCAGCUUCGGGCAGUGCUUCAGGAUCUGGACAGAGAGGUUCGACAGUUCGACCUCCGCUUAUUGGAAGCGGGCCUGACCGACGACGUCAGAGGCCUCUGUGACAGAUUAUACGACCUGGAGGCUGAGAGUGCAGCCCAGCGAGCGGAGAUAUCCCGCUUGCACGGCACCGCUUGGAGGACCAGGACCACCGCUUUGGAGGAAGCCACUCAGAAGCUUGCCAUCAAGGUCAGGUUGCUGACUCAGAUGCAGAGGAAGCUUUUGAACCCAGGAGUAAGCUUCGGCACCGCUGGCUUCACCAAGCACAUUGUGCCCCGGCACUUCGACUUUUCAGAUUUUGCCGCUGCGAUCCACCCCUCCUCAACCCAGCUUGUCAGCUACGUCGAGGGCACCCACUUGGCCCCUAGCAUUGUACCUGUUCAGCAGUCUACACCACAAAACUUCCCGGCGGCGAAGGCACUGCCGCACUUUCAGGACGCGUCGGCUUAUGCAGCAUAUCCUACGCUUCAGCAGACUCCUGUUCAGGCAUCAAUCUCUUUGGCUACUCCGAGACCGGUCCAGUCCUCACCGGCAGCUUUGCGAGUGCCCUCAGAACUGCACCCCCCGGCUUUGCGCGCUCCCUCAGCUGGCAUGAUGACGAGCAAGGACAAUCAUCAGGUAUGCGAUGAGCGGAACAAGGUUCUUUUCGACCAGCUUUGCAAAUCGCAUGGGGCCUACAGCUCGGUGCUCCAGCAGCUUGAAAGUAGCCGCGAGGGAGCCGUCAUUCGGUCCCGCUUGCUGAACAAGGUUAGCGACACCACAGCUGCCCGCUACCUUCGCUCUGUUCAGCUUUUCUUUUGUGCCUUUGAGGAGCUGGGUGGCAGCAUGAAGGCCAUCGAUCAGGGGCUGUUCCUCGAUGCUUUCUUUGCUUUGUCUCGAGGCGCUGAUUCAGGCCCCCUUUCAAACAGCAUCAACGUCCUCAAGGCGCUCCGGUGGUACAAGAAACUUCUGGCAAUCGCUUGUCUGCCCGACUUGUAUGGCACCGCUUUCAGCUUGCUCUCCAACCCGGCCGUGCAGGAGAAACGCGAGAGUAUACCUCUCCCCUUGUCGUUCGUCGCUUUUCUUGAACGCAUGCUCCUGUCUGACAAGGCAAGCUUGAUGGACAUCAUCUGGGCAGGCUCCUUCCUUGUGGCCAUUGGUGCUAGCCUCCGCUUUGCAGAUGCACAACAUGUUCGAUGGAGCACGCUCUGCGUUAGCAGCUUUACUUUGAGAGGAAUCUGCUACAGGACAAAGACCACUAAAGGGGGCUGCCCAUGGGGCCUCCUCAGCUUUGGAGCCUUCUCCUCCUCCGAGGACUGGGGCAUGACAUGGCUUCCCCACUGGCUUGGGGCAUUGGACACAGUAUGGUGCGAGGUUCGCUCCCGCUUUGGGCCCCAGCCGGAACCCGACUGUCUAUUUUUCCUUUGGAGCGAGACCGGCUUUGCACCUGCAUCCUACUCCCAAGCCCUGCAGAAGCUUCGCUACAUGCUUACACUCUCUGGCAUCGCACCGGCUCAGGCAGCACAAUACACGCUUCACAGCCUCAAGACAACCUUUCUGUCUUGGAUGAGUCAGCUGUCGAUCCCACUUUCCUCUCGCUUCCUGCAGGGGCACCACAAGGCGCCAGGGUCGGCUCAACUUUACUCGCGGGACGAUGUGUGGCCCGCUUUGCGUGCACAGUGGCUGCUUUGGCGUUCAAUCCAUGCCGGCUUUCGUCCAGCAAGACCACAGCACAGAGGCGGCCAGUCACCGCUUGUUGAGCCACUUGUGGACACUGCAGGUUUCCAGUGGGUGGAGUACUGCCCGGACCUCUCCUGCUUUUCAGUUGGCAACGAUUGUCAGUCCUUCUUAGCCUUAGAGCAGCAGGAUGGUGACCUCCGCGACGUCGACCACUUCGAGGACUCCGAUGCGGAAGAAUCAGGCCCGGCUCGUGCCGCUUCCAGCGCGACCCGUGAUCCGGAGGUCGACCCCACAUGGCAAGCUGAGUCCGGGACCCUUCUUGUUCAGUACGAUGCCACCCCGCUUGUGGAUAUGCGCUUUAAGCCCACUUUCUUGCCUCCUUGGGUCAUGGCGAAACUUUCCCCUGAGUACGCCUUUACACUCCUCAAGACCAUGACUGACGAGGAGAAAACCCGCUUUCUUAAGCAGCUGGAGAGCGAUCCACUUCUUCCAGCAUCCACGACGAGCUCAUCCUCGGUGGAGGCACCCGCUGUGCAACCUGUCACAGCACUUAUGGAAGACCCCAUAGGGGAAAACAUCGCCGCCGAGGAUUACAGCUUACCUUCAAUGGAGCCGGCUGCUUCACCGUCACCGCCGGCCAAAGCGGCACCCGCUUCUGUUACAGCGGAGCAGCCCGAGGCCACCCAGGACGACGGUGCACCCGCUUCCGGGACCCCUGCAGAUGGCGCCGGGGGCAGCGUCACCACUGGUGGCGGAGGCGAUGGUGUUGCCAACGCAAAACGUUGGCAACGGGAACCCGAGGUGAAGGAACCGCCGCCACGGCCGCCCUCUUCACCAAAGGCGAGUUCUUCAACCCCGGCUCCGUCUGGCCCUCCGCUUAAGGCCAAGAGUGUGGCAUCACCGCCGAAGCCCGCUUCGGCUUCAGGGGCACCGGCCGCACCGACUCCCAGCGCCUCUCCUGUGGCCAAGGAGAAAGCUCCACCGCCUCCGCUUGCAGAAACUGGGGCCACCGACGGCAAUGCGGGCACUGCUAGAGAGGCAACGCCCGCUUCUACAACGCCAAUGCCCGCUUCGGCCACGGCUACGGCUAUUCCGUCGGGCAACAGGGCCCCACUUCUGGCGAGCGAGGCCCCAGCGAGCCGCUUGGGGCACACCAUCUACGACAGUGAGGGGAACCCCACGCUUCAAUUAGUCCAGCUUUGCCGUAAGCAGUGCUCCCAAUGCUCGCUUGGACACUGCCAGGGCUAUGAGGAGUGGGGCCAGAACCAGUCCGGCUGGGAUGAUCAACCCGCUUGGGGAUCCUGGAACUGGAGUGGCCGCAACUGGCAGCAUCAAUGUCAAGCGAAGAUGUCUGACUUCACGCAACUAGUGGCCGAAUGCAAUGUGCCAGCAGCUGUCGCCUCUUUGCUUUCGGCAUUCGAUGUUGCUUUGUUUGCCCGGUCCUGCACCACUUCGGCAGAGCUUGAAGAGCUGGUGAACCACUUUGUGGCGGAAGCCUCAGUUACCGAUGCCGCUGAGCGCUUCAUCACCAAAGCCUCGCUUCGCUUGCUUCUUUGCAAAUGCCGAACGUCAGAGGGUAUGGCAUCUUUAGAAGCCGCUCCUACUCCCCUCACACCGCUUGGUGACGGGCCUUCAGCCUCCAACCCGGCCCCCCCGGCCACGCCUCCGCUUUCCAGCUCCUGGCAAGAGGCCUGGCCUGCGCGUCUGAGUGGAGAGCGAACCGCAGCGCUUAGGAAGAGGUUCGAGGAGGACUACCCCACUGAACUUCUUGACGCCGAGAGCUUCCCAAGCGCCCGCUUAUUGGCCCUCACCAAUAAGAUGCUUUCAGACAAGGAGGUGCGAUGGCGCCUACACGUGACAUACAUGAAGGCCCCGCUUCCUUUGGCCUCGAUCUGCUUCACGAAGUACGAUGCCGCCGCCAGCUUACGAGGUCCCACUACUAUGGAAGCCCAGGCCGCUGACCGCCGCUGUUGGGAAAUCAUCGCCGACUUAGUCAAUGUCCACCACUGGAAGUUGGACGAUGCGCUUCACGAAGUGGCCGAGGUGCGCUCUGACAUGCACAGCCUGCUUGCACCGAGGCCCUUUAUUCCCAAACCGAAGUUCGACCCGGACAACAGCUGGAAGGCCCGCUUCAAAGGCAACGGUGGAGGCGGCAAAGGCGGUGGCCGUGGAGGAAAAGGCCGUGACGGCAAAGGCGAGAAGGGUGAGCGCUUCGAGAGAGGGGGCAAAGGUGGCAAGGGCAAGGACAACAAGCAAGCCACCCCCACCGGCAAGUGGCUUUCCACCCUCUUCCUGGAUGGUAAACGCCAGACGCUUUGCAUGAGGUACCAGAGCGGGCAGUGCAAGGACCCGGAAACCCACUUCAGCGAGAUGCGGGACAUCGCUGAGGAGGUCACGACCGUCCCGCUUAGUGUGCCGGCACAACCGUCAGGCUCAGCAGGUGCCACUUCGGCAGUGCCCAAGGCACGUGCCCCAGUCUCCGAUGCAGCAUCGGCACUCAGUGAAGGCUCUCUCGACUUCGCUACUUGCUUGGAGCUUCUAGCGCAGUACUUUUCCAUUCCCUUCAAUUCUUCUUCUCACUGCCCUGACAAUGCCAUCGCAGCCUCUGAAGCAUAUUUCAAUUUGGGGGCUUUCGCUUUUGACAAUGGCGCCAGGUCGGGCAUCUUUCAGCGUACCGAGCAAUUUUCCGACGUCCUUCGAUUCUUGAACGCUUUUAUGCAGCUUCAGUUCCCUGAAGCCUCCUGGAGCUCCCUCUGCGUCAGCCACAACGUUCGCACCCGCUUACACACGGAUUCUGGCAACGCUGCAGGGUCUAUGAAUCACACAGUUUCACUUGGCAACUUCAGCGGUGGCGAGGUUUGGAUUUGCCCCGCUUUGAACCAAGCGGCCUCUCAGGUACCGGCCCCCGUGGACGCCUCAUCCGAGGCGCACAGUGCAUCCGAAGCUGUGGUACAGGCGAGGAGACCGGUGGGUAUUGACUGCCUAUACUUGCAAGAGCCUAGCACGCUUCGAUGCAACGUCACUGGCACACCUGAGGUCUUUGGGGGCUUCCCGCUCCCGCAGGCCACCCCAGACCACCCGCAGUCAAUAUCUCCCCCGCUCAAGGAUACUACAUGCGUGGAGCUCUUCCUGGACAUAUGCUGCGGGGCCGCUCACCCACUUACCACGGCGAUGUCUUCAUACGGAAUCACUUGUCUGCCCAUAGAUCUACUGGGCGAGGAGCAACUCGACCUUCUCAACGACGACACCUACGACCACUUGCUUCGGCUGUGCUUCGCUGGGAUUGUACGCUUAGCUCACGGUUCUCCGCCCUGCAAGGAGUACUCCCGCUUGAAGCUUCGUCCAGGUGGACCCCCAGCCAUUCGAUCACCGGAUCACAUGAAUGGUUUGCCAGGGUAUCAGUCCGACAGCUUGCACGACCUGCGGAAGGACUGGAACUUCUCAGUGACAGAAGGCCAACCCUACUGCUUGUCGGCACUGGAGCGCUUGAGUACUCUGCUGGGUGACAAGGAAGACCUGGCCCUAGUCCCCGUCAGCACCAAGCGCAUGUGGCUCCGAGUCACGGACCCCACUUCCUCCAAGCGGCCGCUCCGACCACCACCUACCAGUUCGGUGGAGUCGGCCGCUGACGCUUUCGGCAAGGGAAAUGAUUGCGGCGUGGGAGGAUGGCUCCUCAUCCCCAGUGGACGCCUGCUUUGGUUCGCCCACCGCUACACUGUCAAAGACUUUCUGGACUUAGGUCUGCCCAUGCAACCAGACGCCAACUUGGACAUCUCCAGCUACGAGACAUUGGCACAGUGCUUUGUGCUUUUGGCUUUUUGGAAAGCCCAUGGUUCCGGUCGCUUGGCUUUGACAUUACCAGCUUUGAGCGAUAACAGUGGUGCAGAGUCGGUGUGUAAUAAGCUUUACACCUCCAAAGUACCACUUAAUCUUUUUGUUCGCAAGCUUUCGAUGUGGAGCUCGAUUACUGGUGUCACUCUGGACUGCAGCCACAUAGCUGGCGAGAAGAACGACGACGCAGACCUGCUUUCUCGGUGGGAUGGCUCAGCGGAACUCCCUGCCAAGUUUCUGGCCGCGAACCGCAUCAAGCUCUCACUUUCUGAGUUCUGGCAGCUCCGCUUUCAAGAAAGGUGUCUUCGCAUCGGCAUGACACCGGAGUUGUAUGGGAAGCUCAAAGAAAAAGGCUACGACACCUUCGGAAAAAUUGCCUUUGCUGCUGCGAGCUCUCCUCAGGCCCUGACAGACGAGGCCAUCGAUGAGUGGUUGGCCACGGUCGUGGACCCGAGGCCCUCUGCGUUUCAAGUUUCUGUGAUCCGGCGACUCCUCUUUGAGAGCCAGUCACUCAACAUCGCGGACUUGAGGACCCGAGUUGAAGGCCAGCCGGAAAACACCAUCAAGAAACUUCCUACGGCCGAGCGGCUGGCCAGACAAGAAGCCCAGCAAGCUCGCUUGAAAGGUGUUGUCUUCACCGUAUCAAAUCAGCCAUCUCAUGCGAGCAUCGACCAGGUCACCGACAUGUUGGAAAACAAUUCUUUGCGCUACCUGCCCAUGAACAGGUGGACCUCUCGUUCCCAGGAGCUGAGCUUAGCCAAGAAGGAUUCAUCGAUCCAAAUUGACCCGGCUUUCUUUCGCCGAUCGCUAGCCCUAGACUUGGGCAACCUGUGCACCUUUGAGGUCAUGGAGGAGUGGGUUAACUCCAUCUUUGAGUUGACCCAGCGUCAGGUUCCCACGAGGUAUACCAAAAUCUCCUUGUCGCAGAUCGUAGCAGCCGAUAAGGAGCUCUUCAUCCGUGCAGCCAAUAACCUUGAGGGCAAGCUUCAGAAACCGGUAGGUGCUGCUAAGCCAUUGGAUUCUGAGCUGAAGCGUCUGUCGGUGUCGCAUGACAUCACUCAGUUCUUGUCACCCUUGCUCUCACCGCCUCCACCGGCCCAUCCGACCAAGAGGCCCCAGGACGGCGAUGAUGAUGCACCGCCCAAGAAAGUCAAAGGCAAAGGCGAUAAAGGCAAUAAAGGCGGGGGCAAGGGUCGUGCACCUAGGAUUGAAAUACCUGAAGGUUGUUCCGCCAGAGACUCGCAGAACCGGCCAAAUUGUUUUGGGUUCAAUUUGGGCACUUGUAAGGCCAAGCUUAGGAAGCUAGAACUCCUUAAAGUUAAGCUCCUCGCCAAGACCCUGGAAGAAGACGAGCGGAAACUUCAUGCAUCCUUCCCGCCGUGGUUCGAGAAGGUGAUCAAAGGCAAAAGGAUUUGUCUGUGGGAGUCUCUUUUGAGGAAUCAUGGUUUUGACGACAUGGGGGUAGUGGAUCUAAUGAAAAAGGGGGUGCCUCUCGUAGGGACUUCGGAAAAGCCAGAGUGCUUCAAGACAAAGGUGGCUAUGGCUUCCAUGUCUGAAUCAGAACUCCGUGCUACUGCCUCCUUGCGACGCCGUGCAGCCUUGUCGAGACCGAACCGUGCGACCCCUGAGGAAAUUUCUCUUCUUCAGGAGGCCUCUAACUCCGAGGUUGCUGAAAAUUUCAUCGAGGGGCCCUACACUGAAGCACAGGUCGCUCAGAUCUUCGGCCAUUCGGAUUGGGGCGUAAUUCCUAGAUUUGUUCUUGAGCAAGGCCUUGAAAAGAAGGUUCGACCCAUAGAUGAUGGGCACGCUUCCCAGGUCAACGAAGCUUUCACUUCCCUGAUCAAGCUGGAGCUUCAAGGAGCCGACUUUGUUUCAGGCCUAGCUCUGCUGAUUGCCCGGGCUGAAAAGGAACGCUCAGAUCGCCUGGGUGUCCCUGCUAGGCAAUGGCUAGGGCGGACCCUCGACCUUUCGAAAGCGUACAAGCAAUUAGCGGUACUACCGCUGCACCGUGACAUUGCCGUAAUCUGCCAUCCCAAUGAGAAGGGGGAACCACAAUUCUUUGUUGCAAACGCAUUGAUGUUUGGCUUGACUUCGUCGGUGUAUGGAUUCGUGAGGGUGGCCCGAAGCCUGCAUUUCUUGCUGUGCAAAGUGCUGAAGAUCCCCUCAGCAAACUACUUCGACGAUUAUCCUCUCUUCGCUUUGAGAGAGGGUGCCCAGGAACUUGACGGUUUGACUUCGGAAUUCUUGGAACUCUUGGGGUGGCGCUUUGCCCAGACCGGGAUAAAGGGUCAACCGUAUGAAGAAACCUUCACGGUACUCGGAAUGCAGCUGGACGUCAGCCGCCUCCACGAGGGUGUUGCGGUACUAGCCAACAAAGAAGGCCGUGUCAAGCGCAUUGCCGAAAUGCUUGGUAACAUCUUUGACCGAGGUACCCUUGGCAGGCAUGAGGCACAGGUGCUCCUGGGACUUUUAAACUACGCCUCUGGAUUCUUCGCGGGCCGAUCCCUAAAGCCGGCAUGCCACUUCCUGCUAUCCUUGGUUCGUGGGAAACGCCCGACUGCUGCCGAAAUACAGCGCUUCUGCAAAACCACCCAGGCUGUCUUGAGCACCACGCCACCGAGAAUCCUUCGCAUCUUUGACCCGCGACCGCCCAUCCAUGUUUGGACGGACGGUGCUUGGGAAGACCCUUGGGCUGGAAUAGGUGCGGUUGUUCUAGACACGCUAGACGAUAGCGCUAGGGUUUUUGCUGGUUGUGUGCCCACUAAGCUUUUGGAGCGAUGGAAGCUGGAUGUGGGAUCACAGCUUAUAUGCGAAAUCGAACUCUACGCCUUAGUCACUUUGCGUCGUAUGCUCCAAAACAGCCUGUGCAACCGAAGAGUCAUCUUCUGGCUGGACAACGAAGCUGCACGCACAUCAGCAAUCAAAGGUUUGAGCAAGAGCGAAUCCAUGUAUCGCUUAGCCCACUAUCUUGCAGUGAUUGAGGCUGAGGCUCCUUGCGUUGCAUGGUACGAGAGAGUGCCAUCCUUUUCAAACGUGGCCGACCCUCCCUCACGAGGUGAUGGGCAAAGCAUACUCAGCUUGGUAGGCGCCAAGGUUGUAGAAGCUUUCAUCCAUGAUGAGAGUUCUAACCAGAGAUUUCUUCAUCAGGGGUUCGCGUGA